CAUAAAAUUACAGGAUGAUCCAAAAACAUAAGCACUGUACGCACCGGUACCGUAAAGUAAAAUAAUAUUUCAAGUCAUUUUUCCGUUGUUGUGCUCUUGCGUGCUUUGGAAUGAUUGAAACAGAAAGUGGAGUGUGACAAUUUGUUGUUGCUGUUGCCGAUCCACCCUUGAGCCGCUCUGGAACCACGCCAUCGCAGAAGAUGACAACCACUUCGGAAGCAUCGUCGGGAGAAUCUCUCCCCACGGGAUCAAAUUUGUCGCUUUCGUCGGCACUACAAGAAUCCUCGUCGACAGCUGAGCCGUUUAGCGAAGAACAGCUUUCGAAUGAUCUGGCCCUCUUUCUUUCGAAUCCGAGCUUGAAGGCGGCCCUGGCUGAUGGCUCGCUGGAUCUAGCGAGCUAUUCGUCUACCGUUGAAGGGGAAUUGAUGGAAUUGGAGACGAAAUGCGUCGAAGCCUAUCGCGAAAAGACUACAGAGAUUGCGAGUCUCUGCAAAGAACUAGAAAAUUGCGAUGGAAUCCUGUUGGGUCUGCAGGAAAUGCUACUGGGUUUCCAGGCUGAUCUUGGUGGCCUCAGCGGGGAUAUUCGCAAACUACAAGAGACUUCGAAACGACUGGGCAUACAACUGCACAACCGAAAGGCUGCAGCAAUGGGGUUGAGAGAUUUUCUGGGAAGAAUCAUUCUCAGUCCGCAUCUAGUCAAUACAAUUGUCAAGGGUCCGGUCAACGAUGAAUUUCAAGAGGCGAUAGGAGAAUUGGUCCAACUGUACCGUGAUACCCACGAGGAAACCAAACAGGAAUGGGCUUGUGGCGAGUCCCCGGCAGACACGGUGGCAGGGAAGGAAAUGCAAGCACACAUCGGCCAGCUUCGUUUGGUGGCUGUGUCUCGAAUUCGUGAUUUCUUUUACAAAAAAAUGAUUCUGCUCCGAAAGCCACAAACGAACAUUCGCAUACUCCAGUCCCACGGCCUCUUGCACUACGCUACUCUCUAUGAAUUCUUGAUGGACGCGGCGCCGAAUAUUGCUCAAGAACUGUUCAAGGUUUAUUGCGGUAGCAUGAGCAAAACCAUGUAUGCUUUAUUUCGGACUUACCAGGCGCAGCUCAUCCAGCUCGAUGCCACAAAACACGCAGCCACCCGUCAGGAUGUCUUGGCAGUGGAAGAUGCGUAUCUGCGGGACUCGAUUACUACAAAAGCAAAAAAGCGAGUCGACGUAUUUACUCUGGGAAACCGUGCCAAUGUUCUGAAUAUCACUCACGAAAAUCCAGUCGUCGCACAUGUUGCUCUGAGCGAGCACCAAACCUUUCCUUACGAGCGUCUGUUGAAGAGCUGCUUGCAACAUUUGGUGGAUGCAGUUACAAAUGAGCAUGUGGUUUGCCGCCAGUUCUUCAAGAGAGAUGCAUUUGAACAACUCUUUCCACCCACAUUGCAGUUGUUGUUGGAACAACUCGAAAAUUAUCUUUUUGGAUGCUACGAUGCCCUUUCUAUUUUACUCAUGAUAAAGGUCACACACCAAUUUCGGAGGUCGGCUCAGUCAAGGACAAUUCAUAGCUUGGAUGCGUUUUUUGAUCAAAUCACCCAUUUGCUGUGGCCGAGGCUCAAGACAGUUAUGGAGUUACACCUACGAUCGAUCAAACAGGCCACUCCCUUGUCUCUUGGCCACGUUCCUCCGAACCUCCAUGCACACUAUGUUUCCCGUCGAUUUGCAGAAUUCACCUGCAGUGUCCUUGUCAUAUUACAAAAAGGUAACAAACCACUACCAUCGGUUGGAUCAACGUCAUCUGCACACAAAAAUAGUCAGAAGACCGCGGCGUCAAAUUCUCCCACCCGUCCAGCUCAGCGUGGACUUUCGACAGUACUAGAAGUAAAGAAUUCGAAGGCUAGUGCGGGAGAUAUGUUGCUACAAGAUUUGAAUGAACUGUUGGAUGAAUACAUUGCAUUGCUCGGGCGUCUUUCCGACGAACAUGCUGUCAACAUAAAGAAAAUUGUUUUCAUGAUCAACAACUUGGAUCAAGCGGUAUGCAUCUUCCAAGAAAGAAGAGUUGCGGGAGGAAAGGAACUUAACCGUAUUCUCGAGCUGCUUAUGCUUCAACGCGAGCUCUUUGUAGAAGAAGAACUUCUUCAUGGUUUUUCCAAAAUGAUAGCGUUCGUCCAGCAAACCGAGGCAAGCCUUGCUACGGGUUCUGCUACCGACAAAACGGUCAACAUCCAGGUUGUGGAAUCUUUGGUUCGAGAAUUUGCUUCGAAUUGGAGGUCAGGAAUGGAAGAAAUCAAUCGAAACGUCCUAAGCUAUUUUUCGAACUUUCGAAAUGGGAUGGAGAUUCUAAAGCAAUGUCUGACACAACGUAAGUGAUAUUAACCUGAGGAGAUUCGUAGCUAUUGUCCGAAUCGACAAGUGAAAUGCACCUCGUCUUUAUCACCAAAACUCAUAUUUCAAUGCAAUCCUUUCAGUCCUUCUCUAUUAUACUAGAUUUCAGGAUGUCAUUCGCAAGGUUUACAAACGGCAACCUCCAGCCUUCACGAAAGAUCUUGUGCCAACGACGAUGAUCUUGGCAGAGAUUAAGAAGUAUGCUCUAGCAAUAUGAAAAGACUUGAUGGCUACUCAAUUGACCUCAAUUGUGAAACAAUUCGUAUGUAUAAAAUAGUAGCUGGACU